CAACUAAGUUUCUUCACUCUCCACUCCAUAAUAUCAACUUCAUUCUAAACAAUUAGAAAGAACAAAUUAUACAUGUCUCCACAAAAAUAAAGAAUAGUAGUUGUUUAAGGAAGAUAUAUUGUUUAGAAUAUUAAAUAUACCGGGAAAGUAAUUAUAUGUGUGUGGGCGGGUACCCAUGGAGCGGGUUUACCUAAACCCAAACCCAACCCAACCCGGUGAAUAGUGUAGCAAGUUUAAACCCAAACCCGGCCCAAAACCCGUCAACACUGUUUUUACCCGCUUUGACUGGGUUGGGUCGGGUGGGUACCCGUGGGUUCGGGUUUUGUUGCCAUCCCUAGUUGCAAUGUCUGUUUGUGGAAUACUGCCAUUAGGUGAGACUUGAUUCACUAGAGGAACCUGGAGUGGCAUCCCAGGGGCUAGGGGCUGUCCCAGAUUCAUGUUGUUCAUCCGGUUGUUCUCGUCUCCCAUGUCGUCAUCCUGCUCGGAGUUGCUGCUAAUCCGACCGUCAAUCUGCGCUUCUGCCAUAGCCAGUCUUGCUCACUGCACUCGCCUAAGCUGGCGACAAGUGCAUUCUAGCUCCGGAUUUAACGGUAGUAAUGCUCUCGACUGGCUACGGGUCAUGCACUACCUGAACACAGCUAAGCAAGCAAACCUGUGAAGGCACACAGGGGGAAGAAAUAAAAUACUGGAAAAAAUGCUAAAGUAACAGAUGUUCAGGUUUCUCCAAUAAUCUAGAGGCAUCCACAGAAACAGCGCCAAAAACUUGACACACUACGACACAACACCAAACUGCAACCAUGUAUAAUCGCAGAGUGGAAAUGCAAAAUAGUGCUUAAGUCUAACUAUCGACCCGGGCUCUAGAUCUACUGCCUACUCAGUGAACUCCUAUUAUCUAGCAGGACUAAGCGAGUGAAAUGAUUUUAGUGCAAAAUAAACAAAAGCAAGUAUUGGUCUAGUUCUUUUCAGGUUCAAAAGGUCAUCCAUGUAUGAUUCCCCCUAGUGUACAGGUAGUUCAGGUUAUAUGGUCCCAAAUUACUCAGAUUGCUAGAUAAACUGUGGGAAGUUCUUUACUGGUCUGGACUCUUGACUGAAGUUAUCCAGACCCUCUUGAUUCGAAUACCCGACGAGCGACUAACCUCCACCGGCAUACACUAACCAAGGUUAAACACGUGAAACUUCCUCUAUUGGCCUUUGUUCCAGUACGGAGCAGUGAAUCAACUUCUCGACUAAAGCAGUUAAUUCACCACUUUCAAUUAUAGGUUGCUCUUUUAACCUAUGCAGAGACUAUCGUUCUAGGUUAAAGUCGGAAUUACACAGGUUUGAUCAGGACUCAUGCAAUUCUGAAGAAUUCCUCAAUUGAAUUUGUCAAAUCAAUCAUUCAUAACAUGGGGUUCAUACACUCAUUCCUAACAUACACAACUAGGGUUCUUCAUCGAAGCAUACACAAAAGUUGCAUCGAAAGACGUAUCUCCAUUCACCUACACUUGGAUAAAAUUGAUCAGUCCAUAGUUUCACUAAAAUAUUCACCUUUUUCUCCAUAUAAGCCAAAUUUUGCCAAGACCCUUACCAUCAUUACUAACUUUUGACUCCCAGUCAAGGAAAUGCUUCAUCAGUAUCUUACAAGCCUUGCCUGCUCUAACCCCAUGUUCAAAUAUAGCUACAAUAUGGAUAUUAUUCUGUCUAAUAAUUCUAAGUAAAGUUGUAAACUUACUAUCAUCAUAAAACCCUUGUAGAUUCCAAGUUAAAAUAUUCAUCUCAUGAUUCUUCCAUGACUGCCACCCCUCAUUUACCCUCUUUCUUCUUAAUCAGAGAAGGAAACUUCGUUGUUACCUCCAAAACUGUCUCCUCGUGACCUGCUAGAGGUGCCGGAUGAGGAAAGCUCCCAGUCUUUAGGAGUUAGGACGUUGACUCUCCAGCAUAAGGCAAUUGCAAAGGAGGACGUGAGCUCCCUGACCCCCUAGGUGACCCACGUACUACCUCUACAAAGCUCAUUGCAGGACUCAUGAGGAGAGGUAGAGGAUCUGACAAAUUCAGCUCCUGUUAUAUAUCCCAAAGCACUUGAACCACAUUCUCACUACCACCAUGCUCAUCACAAAGAAAAGACGAGCCAACAAUAUCCACAUCAGUAUCAAUUGUCUUCCCUUUAUCUAUUCCAAAAUUAACCACUUCCCUAUCCUCCUCAACCCCAUUUCCCAAAUGCGGAGACAGAUCCUCCAUCUGUUGCUUGCUAGGUUAGGCCUUCGGAACCCAAACCUUGCCAUCGUAUCAAUUACUAUUGCAAUUUUGACUAAACAUCUCGCACUUUAAAAAACAAGAGGUAAAUGACUAUACUACAUGCUAACCUCAAAAUCCACUUCCUCAUCAGGGUACUGUCGGACCAAGCUAGGAAAAUUGGAAUCAGCACUCAUCUUCAGACAAUCCCUUGUAAUACCAAACUGAUCCCCAACCUUAGUUGACCGAUCCAUAUGAAGCGACACUCCAAUGGUGCUAACCACCCACUCCAAACCCUCUAGAGAAUUGUAUUCCAAAGGAAUACCAGAAAAACGAACCCAGAUGGGGAGAUUCUCCACCUUAGGCUCAAUCGAUCGAAUCCCCGGACUCCACUUUCGAAAGAAGAUAGAGUCCCCCUGAAAAUGCCAGGGACCCGACUUAAAAACUCAAUCACUCGUACCCAGAGACGAAAACUGAAGCACCAAAAGACACGAUCCUAAUAGAGAGACUUGAAUCAAACCUUCUCUUCCCCAAAAGAGAUUAGCCCAACUCUCCAACUUAGGGAGGCGAAGGAUCUCACUGAGAAAUUGUCCGAUAAGGUUAUUCUUCCAACGAAUCGCCCCCUUCUCCUUAACUUCCUUAGGAAUUGUGCAUCCAUCUUUGAUACAUUAUGGUGGUCUCUAGCAAAGUCGAUUCUCCGGGGCAACAACAAAUAAUUGAGUCCAUGAAUUCGCCUCACCUACAGGUUUUGCCCCCGAUGGCGAGACCACCAUGCCUGAAUUGUCAAUAAUCAGAGAGAACGGGAAGUGAGGAAAACAUUUGGUAGAAAUUAAAAAAGAAUAUUAUUUUCUGAUUAACACGAAUUGACUUAAAAUGUUACUAUCACUCAAGGUUCAAAAAGGCGCUAUGCGUAAGGCGGGCGUUGAGCCUUUGCCUAGAGCCUAGGUGUUGGAAGAAAAAUAGUUAUUCGCACUCUGCAUGAUGAAUAAAAUAGUAAUCUAAAACAAUUCCUCACUUAAGUUAAAAUAAUUAAUAAAUUACUCAACACUUAAUGGCAAGAACACAGCUCACGAAUUCAUUGAAUCAUAGCUCAAUAUCUCACAAAGUUCAUAGAAUAAUAGUUCAAUAGCUCACAAAGUUCUUGAGAUAUUGAAAAUAUUGAUAUAGAAAAUUGCUUUCGUAGUUGAUGUAAUUUUCUCUUUUAUUAUUGACUUCCUAACUCCAUCUAGUAAUGUUUAGGAGAGAUUUAUACGUCACCUUACUCCAUUGAUGUGUUCCAUUAUCUAAUUAGGCGCGAAACCCCUACACGAGGCAUUUUGCCAUUACCUUGCAUCUAGGCGUGUUUAAGCAUAAGGUUAACCAUGCCUUUUUGAACCAUUCUAUCACUAUUAGAAUUUUUAUCAAAAUUGAAAGGAAAGUGAUUAAUAAUGGAAUAUAUAUGUAAAGUUAGUGAUAAUUGCACAAAAAAAUAGUGAUAAUAAAUAAAUUAAUUAAAAUAUUUCAGUGGUAAAUGUGAAACAAAAUAAUAACUAAAUUUGGAUUUUAUUCAUAAUUAAUUCUCUCGUUUAGCGAGGGCUGGCUCUCUGGCGGCGGAAACCCUAGGGUUUUCCGGCUGAAACACGGUGACUGGAUUCCUCUUAUCGCACGACAAACUACUAUUUUCCGAUCUCAAUUAUAAGCUCUCUUAGAACUCUCCACAGCUUACGCUGCUCUGGUGAUACAAUUUUCAUACACAUCCCCUUUUGAUUCAAGCUGCUAUAGAAAGAGUGUUCUACAAGUUUUCUGUUGCAAUGUGAGAAGGUUGAUUCCUAGUGUGCUUGACGAAAGCACAAUGGCGUCCACAAACAAUAAGGCAAAUGAAGAAGCUCAAAAAGAGUCCGAAAGAAAGGAGAACGCCCCGACGGGGGGAUUGAAGAACAACUCAACCGGAUCUUCCUAGAGGAGGAAGAAGAAGGUCCCCUUGAGGUUGAGGAUACUGAUGUGAAUGUGGUUCGAAUGGAAGCUGUUUGCCAUCACGGUCUGGUUGGGAGGCUCCUGUCCGAUAAGGCACCAAAUAUUCAGUCCAUGAAGAUAGCCAUAACAAAAGCUUGGGGCUUAAAAAAGAAUUAUGACUCACUUCUACUGUCACUCCAGGAAUUGGCCAAGUGAAACCACUUCCUAAAGCGUAGUAUAGCGGGUUUAGGUUUAAAUGUCAACCCGGGUCCUAGAUUUGAUGACUACUCAGUGAAUUCUUGUUAUCUAGCAAUGAAACUUUAAUGCAAGUCUAAACUAACAAACUAACAAAGCAAGUAAACGAUUGUAUUCAGGUUAAGAGAGGUCACCCGGAUAUGGUUCCCCCUAGACUGCAGUUAAGCCGGAUUGCAAUUACCAAGUUCAGUUUCUAUGAUAGUUAUACUGCAGAAGGUUCUCAAACAGCCUGAAGUCUCGACUAAAGGUCUUCAGACCCUCUCAAUCUGAAUCUCUAGCGGGCGACUAACCUCCACCGGAGUAAACAGAUUGAGGCUCUAUGAACAAAACCUCCACUACCGAAGUGAAUUCGGUACAGAAUAGUGAGUUGGUUCCUCGACUAAAGUCACCAACUCCCUACCUUCAAUCAAGGAUGCUCUAUCAACCUAGGCAGAUAUUCUCAUUCUAGGUCAAAGCAGAAACAACAGGAAUUUGAUCAGGAUUCAAGUCAUUCAAUCAUUCAAACCUCAAUCGAAUAUAAUCAAAUCAUAGAAUCAGUAUUUGGGUUCAUACAAUCAAAGCCUAACAUACAAAUUUAGGGUUCUCCAUACCCAGAUGAAUGGGAGAACUACUCCAUGGAGAAAGAAGCAAAAGCAGAAUCAGACGCGGAAUUCAUACUGUGAAGGAUGGAUUCCUGCUCCUGGACGUUGAUCGGCACUUCUCUAAGCUCAAACUGGCCUCCAAUGGUGUUGAAGAUCAAGCUAGGGCACUUGGAGACUCUUGUUCGUCACUUUCUCUCUCUAGGAAUCGCUCUAUCUCGACGAAAUGACUUCCGAAUGCCCCAAAACUCGUGCUUAGCCUUUCCUUUGACGCCUGGGACCUGAAAUAUGACAAAAUAGCACAACCCGGCGUAAAAUAGGCCAAAAAUACGACUAUGCCCCUCAAACGGAUAAGAACUAGGGGCGCAAAUACGUGUAAUUACAUCGUUAUCAAAUUCCCCCACAAUCAUACUAGGGGCGCAAAUACGUGCAAUACAGCAUAGUUGAGAACACAAUCAAUGGUUGAGAAAGUGGCUAACAGGAUUGGUGAAUUCGUUUACUUUAAUGAUGGUGCAGAGAAGAUGUAGGAUGACUUUCUACGGAUUAGGAUCAGCAUCUCCAUCAACAACUAUUUAAAGAAGAAAAUCAAGGUGAAUGUUGGUGGGGAGCUGAUGGAAUUCAAAAUACAGCAUGAGAAGUUGC